CUCAUUUCGUAUGCUACUGUAAGACAUGGGGGCUGUGUUUCACAGCCAUUACUGACAGCGCUACUGCUGAGAGUCCACAUAUCACAAGAAAUAAAACUGAGAACCCUUUUUAUAUUAAGCUGCCAGGUCAAGCCUGAACAUGGAAUCCAUGCUAAACAAGCUGAAAAGCACCGUCACUAAGGUGACGGCAGAUGUCACCAGCGCUGUCAUGGGCAACCCGGUGACGCGGGAGUUUGAGGUUGGACGACAUAUUGCCAGCGGGGGUCCUGGCAUGUCCUGGAGGAUCUACAAUGGGACCAAGAAGUCCACCAAACAGGAAGUGGCAGUGUUUGUGUUUGAUAAGAAGAUGGUUGACAAGUAUCAGAAAUUUGAGAAGGACCAAAUCAUUGAUUCGCUGAAAAGAGGGGUGCAACAGCUGACCAGACUGCGCCACCCCCGUCUCCUGACUGUGCAGCAUCCUCUGGAAGAGUCACGAGACUGUCUGGCGUUCUGUACAGAACCGGUGUUUGCCAGUCUGUCCAAUGUGCUGGGCCAGUGGGACAACCUGCCGAGUCCUGUGCCCAACGACAUCAAGGAGUACAAACUAUAUGACGUGGAGACCAAGUAUGGCUUACUGCAGAUUUCGGAGGGUUUGUCCUUUCUCCACAGUGGGGUAAAAAUGGUCCAUGGCAACCUGUGUCCAGAGAACAUCAUCCUCAACAAGAGUGGAGCAUGGAAGAUCAUGGGCUUUGACUUCAGUAUCUCCUCUACAAACCCCUCAGAUGCGGAGCCCAAAUACACAUGUAAAGAGUGGGAGCCCAACCUCCCUCCCCUCUGCCUCCCCAACCCCGAGUACCUGGCCCCUGAGUAUAUCCUGUCUGUCAGCUGUGACUCAGCCUCCGACAUGUACUCGUUGGGCGUGGUCAUGCAUGCAAUCUUCAAUGAGGGCAAGCCUGUUUUCCAAGUCAACAAACACGACAUUUUUAAGAGCUUCAGCAGGCAGCUGGACCAGCUGAGCAGCAUGAGUCCCGCACUGCUGAACAAGAUCCCUGAGGAGGUUCGGGAACAUGUCAAAAUGCUGCUUAGCGUCACGCCCAAUGUCCGGCCUGAUGCUGACCAGAUGACCAAGAUACCAUUUUUUGACGACGUGGGUGCUGUUACUCUUCAAUACUUUGACUCCCUCUUCCAACGGGACAACCUACAAAAGUCUCAGUUCUACAAAGGCCUCCCCAAAGUCCUGCCCAAACUACCCAAGAGAGUGGUGGUGUAUCGAAUCUUGCCAGCGUUGACCUCAGAGUUUGUAAACCCGGACAUGGUUCCCUUUGUGCUCCCCAAUGUGCUGCUGAUCGCUGAGGAGUGCACAAAGGAGGAGUACGUUCGUCUCAUCAUGCCUGACCUCACACCUGUUUUCAAGCAGCAGGAGCCUGUUCAGAUCCUGCUGAUCUUCCUGCAAAAGAUGGACCUGUUGCUGACCAAAACCCCAGCAGAGGACAUUAAGAACAGCGUGUUGCCUAUGGUGUACAGAGCACUGGAAGCCCCUUCUGUACAGAUCCAGGAGCUGUGCCUGAACAUCAUCCCGACGUUUGCCAACCUGAUUGACUACCCAUCCAUGAAGAACUCCCUCAUCCCUCGAAUCAAAUCCGCCUGCCUACAGACCUCCUCACUAGCUGUACGAGUGAACUCUUUGGUGUGUCUCGGGAAGAUAUUGGAAUAUUUAGACAAGUGGUUUGUCAUUGAUGAGAUCCUGCCCUUCCUACAACAGAUCCCCUCUAGAGAACCAGCAGUACUCAUGGGCAUUCUAGGAAUCUAUAAAUGCACCUUCAGCCACAAGAAGCUAGGCAUUCCCAAAGAGCACCUUGCCAGCAAGAGCCUGCCCCACCUUGUCUCUCUUAGUAUAGACAACAACCUCAACCUGAAUCAAUUUAACUCGUUCAUGGUGGUCAUACGGGACAUGCUGAGUCGUAUGGAGGCUGAACACAAGACCAAGCUGGAGCAGCUGCACGCCAUGCAGGAGCAGCAGAGGAGUAUAAACAUUUCAAACCCAGGGAACCAAUCAGAGGAGACCAAGAGCCCACCAAGCUCUGUCAACCAGAUUGACGAUAUCUUUAGCAGCACAGGGGUCAAUGGGAAAGAGAAUGGAUCUGCAGCAGCAGCAGCAGCCUCACAGCCUAAUAGGAUGUCUCUGACUCUAGAGGAGAAACAGCGAUUGGCUAAGGAGCAGGAGCAAGCAGCCAAACUGAGGAACCAGCAACCUUUAGCACCACAGUCCAUAAAACCAGCCGCCACAUCCAACUCACAGACUAAGGAUCUGACCAGCAGCCUUCUCAACAACAUGACAUCGCUCAACAGCCUGUCCUUGGGUAACACAGCACGACCAGCCCCAGUGCAGGGCAGCACCAUCGCUGCCUUCCCUUCCUCCAGCCCCAUGGUUGGCUCCAUGGCCGCCCCGGUCUCUAAUGGCUUCAACUCACCUAUGGGCUUCCAGACAGGCAUGGGGAUGGGCAUGCGGCCCACAGGCCCCGUCCUCUAUGGUGGCAUGGCCACUACCACCAGCACCCCGAACUUUGGAGCGCUCACACAGAAUCAAGCACCCAUUGGGCAGACAAAUAAAGUCCCCGACAUGUCAGCCUUAGACAGUCUUUUUACGCCCAGCAAGCCCAAAGUCAGUCUCAAUCAAAUGGGUCCCACGGCUGCAUCUGGAACCAACACCCCUUGGCUCAAUCAGUUCGGUUCAGCCCAGAACGCUCAGACUCAGAUGCAUGGUGCGUCUGUAGGUAUGGGAGGGAUGCCGAGUGGGUUUGGGAUGCAAGCAAACCCGUUUUUCAGCCCGCAGAACUUUUCUCAACCCGCUGCUGCCCCUAGCAUGAACCAAAGUGGAAUUAAACAUAGCGCAUCUGUCAACAAUGAUCUGAAAGACUUAUUUGGCUAAAAGUGAAAAGAUGCCGGGUGAAGUUUAUUCUUUUGAUAACUUUGGACAGAGAAGCCUUGAAUUCUCACAGAACAAGACACUGAUUGAAUGUGAAGAUUUAAAAUCCUUUCAAGGACGUUGCUGACUGUAUUUUUAAUCUGACCUGGUUUAAAUUCAGAAUCUUGCUCACAUGCAGCUGGCAAGUUAGCCUGCACCUGAAUUCCAUUUCUAAUUGAUCUGAAGGACAAAAACAUUGGGAUGGGAACUACUUCUUCUAUGCUGUGUUCUUUAAAUGCUGGGGGUUUCCUACUGUUUUGUACUUGACAUUCUUGGGAGUCCAGAUGUCAUGGGUUGAGAUGAAUCCCAACUCAGUUUAUUCAGGAAGGUUUUUUGUUUAUAUCGCGAAUGAUUGAGUGGAUUGAGUGGAUUUCACUUCCUGAACAAGUUGCAUCAGAAUCACUCUUCAGAAUUGGCAGAGAAAGAUGGAAAAAGUGGCCUCCGUGCCUCACAUCUGCUCAGUUUCAGGCCUCUGUACCUUUAUUGUUUCUCCAGACUAUUUUAGGAUUUGCUGCAUGUCUAAAGUGAUCAGAGGGUUGGCUUAAAAACAAAUACCGCAUACAACAAAAUGUCUGAGUCCAGCGGGAGAUGGUUUGAAGUGUAGCACUGACAAGCCUGCAGUCACUGAUCUGCAUCCAAGAGGCUCCUCUGCGGAGACCAUCUGAAAGGGGGUGUAGAGAAUUGACAGCCCAGCAGUCGCAGUUUAGAUGGGGCAAACAGAGUAACCCCUCUGCAGUCUGUCUCCAUGGUAACUGUUUCUCUGCAGCACUUCCAUUUUGAGAACACAAAUUAAAUUAGUCGGACUUUAUUUUUUCCCCCUUUGGUCUCAUUCUUUUAUCGUGUGGUCCUAGCGUUGCGAAGCUUGCUUCUCCCAUCACUUGGUUUGACAUGUAAGCAAGCAUGUUGAAACGGGGAAGGGUUAGUUUUUGUCUGAUCAAAGUUUGUUGACAACCAUUUUGCCUCCUUUGGUAUCAAAAACCACAUUGCAUCAGUUUCUGUAAAUGCAGUAUGAAUGACUUAUGUGUCUGAUAGUGGGUUAGGAUGUGUGGAGUAGCUAUUACAUUAGUGUCCUUUUAACAAGAGGCUCACGCUCAAAGUGAUGAACAAGGACCAUAUGCACUGCGUAGGCUAUUGUGCCUUACAUGGGUACAUGUGUAAAGCUUGGCAGACAGCGCUCAUCUGUUACUCAAAUAUUAAUAUUUUCCUCCUUAAUUAGCUGUCCAGCAUUUGCUUCUCAAAUUACUCGCUUUAUUGCAUGUUACUGAAGUUGACCACUUUUCUAACAAUGAUUCCUGAUUAUUCCAGUGACCAAUGACGUUUUAUUUCACGCAUCCAGCUGGAUUUGACCCGACCAUGUUUUUACGGAGCUCAGAAUCCUCCAGUGAACCAUUUCUGUUGAUCAAUUUGUACAGUGAAGAAGAUAUCACUAUAUAUUUUGAUUUCAGCACUUUUCAGCUGUCAGAGGACCUGUGCUGGCGACAUAAUAUGAAGUGUAAAUAUAUAGUUAUUUAAAAAUGGAUUGCUCUGUGAGGGCCUUUUUAUGUUCUUGUGAUAAUGGUUAAGAGGCCUUAGAUGAGUUGUGUGCAAUAAUCCUUGUCGGUUGUUGAGGGUGCGUAUCGAUUGGCUCAAGCAGCUGUCGAUGAGUCCUUAUUUUCAUCUUCACUGACCUACAAUAACUUCACAGAGCUGUCUGAUUUUCUAAACUGUUCAACACUGAUGUGUUUUCAUUCUAAAUCUGACUUUUUUUUGUUUUUAAGCGAUUUACACCAUUUUAGGGUUUUUCAUGCACCUUGGUCACACUGCGUUUCUUUUGACAAUGAUUGUUGUUAACAUGCUGAAGUGUAACAUUGUUUUUUAUGCAUUAACAUUUGUUUUUGUGUAAUAAUGCCACCCAUACAAAGCGAGCUUUCUCCAGCCGCAUGGCAGUGUUACACGCUUGUGCAUUUGGCUCUUCAGGUUCUGUUAAUUUCCCUAUUUUUGUCAAACGCGACUACAAAUGUGUCUGUGAUUGGAUCUUUUUCAUCUGUAGAUCGACAUACACUAUGUGGAAGUUUUGAUUUCAUCUCAAAGUGGAUGUGAUCUUUGGAGCGUGUGUCACAUAUCUUGGCAGAACCCCAAAGCAGAAAACUAAAGCUUAUUCUUCUACGAGAUUGUUUGUAUACUACUGCUGUCAUAUAUGUGUAGUGUGGCCCGUGUUUUAUGUGUUAAGGUGCUGGUCUCUGAGGUGGUUCAGUGAAAAUCUGUACAUAUAAAGGAAAGUACACCAUCUAAUACUCUGAAACCAUGGUCAUCAUUUGUGCAGUGGCUCUCAAUCACUAUUUCAGAUAUUGGAGUGUAAGUAACUUUAAUUUAGAGAAAGAAAAACAAUCCACAGUGUGCUGAUUACAAGACUGUACUAAUGAACAUUUUAAUAUUUUAAAACAAUAGGCAGCAUUACAUGAAACACUGGUAAACAUCUCUUAAGGUUUAAGGUUAAAAAUAAAACCUCAAAAAAAAAAACAAAAAACAAACACCACAACACAAAG